CAUUGGGAAUGGUGAUGGUAAAUGAUCAAGUGGCGGUUAUUCGGAGUUGCCGGUACUGAAGACCCCGAGUUCACUGUUGUCGAUGAUGACCAGACACCUUGGUUUCCAUGUCCCACGGCUCUUCCACUCCCGCGACGUGUAAGGGAUGCCUCGACAUGCUCGCAUCCAUUUCGUAUCGCUGCGUUCGUCCUUGGUGAAUUUGCCUAUUUCCAUCUAUGGCCCUCUGGUGGAGCGCAGCGUCCGCCCACAAGGCCUUGCAAUACACCUUUCUCUUGUGCCUUCAGAGAAUCGCCCGGAAAGAGGGAAGAAAGAAGCCUAUGUGGGAUGGACAGGCAUGGCAUCAGCAUCAUCUCUAGCAAGCAUCAACUCGGUUAAUGGAGAUAGCCUUGGGACCAUCGAAAUAGACCCUCAGUAUGCACAGGCAUUGGGAUUCUUGCAGGGGGACCUUGUAGAGAUUGGAUUAUUGCAUGACCUGCCCUAUGCAAAGUCCGUGGGGACUGAACCGGUCACUGCUGACGACUGGGAGAUCAUCGACAUUCAUGCUUCACACGUAGAAUCGACACUAUUAUCCCAAGUGCGUGUCGCCAACAUCGGACAAGAAAUAGAUGUUUGGGUGUUGGGAAGAACGAGGGUGCGCCUUACCGUGGUGUCCUUGGAUCCCACGAAUAAAAGCAAGGUGCUUCUUUUAACAACCGACACCGAAGUCAGCAUUGCGCCCAAACUGCACAACCGUCAACAACUCAAAUCCGAGAAAGUUAGCACGAAGUCAGCUAAUACGGAUGACUCCAAAGGAAAGAUCAAGUCUCCUCCUCCUCCGUCGGUGCAGCCCCAUUGUCUCCGGGUGAUUCCAUCCCGUGUUCUUGCUCGACCUUUCGCCGUGCAUUCGGGCUCAGAGCUCUUAGGAUUUGUUUCCCCCAUAACAUUUACGAAGCUUACAAAACUCUCCGAACCCCUCGAGAAUGACACACAUGUCAAAGCUCACGCAAAGCGUCUUCCCCCACCCACCGAUCCAUCCUCUGGCGCUACUGCAAGUGCAACUCCAGAUCCUGUUCCGCUGGUCCUCAAGCCUGGGGAGAAGGAACCGACUACGGUAGAGUCCGGUUCAAUAUAUUUAGGCCGAUUUGAAGGUAUACCGAAUGGCCACAUUGUCUUGCCGACUACUGUAGACGAUAUAGAGGAAUGGGACUUGGCCAGCGUCUCUGUCGAUACGGACUCCUCGCCCUUGCUCAUACCGUCUGACAAGGGUUCGACUUCUACGGUUAAGGGUCCACCGCCCAUCACCAAUUUCCUGGCUGGCGUCGAUGAUAUAUUGACUCGAUGUACAGAAUUCUGUAUACGAACGAUGAUUUUGCAUUCAACAAAGACUUCUGUUCGAGGAGUAUCUUCCCUCCUUGUAACGGGCAGACCUGGGGCCGGCAAAACAUCCAUCGUGAAGGCUGUCUCGAAGCGGUUGCAAGAGAAUCCGAAGACCUAUGCUUAUGUCCACUAUGUCGAUGUCACACCCUAUGCGGACAAGCCCGUCAGUACGGUAAAGGCUCUUUUCAAAUAUUGGUUUGACAAAGCAGCUUGGCACAAACCAUCCAUCUUGAUUUUGGACAACGUCGAGCAUUUAUUAAAGGCCGAAGAAGAGCACACCGACUCCUUCCGGAUUCGACAACUUGUAGAGCUAUUCGUAUAUCUCUACUCGUCCUCUGCUCGAUCUAAUGCUCCGAAUUCCCGAGGCAUAAUCCUCGUUGCCACGGCACCUUCGGCCAGUGCGCUUCACCCCCUCCUUAACAGCAAGCAUAUAUUCAGCGAGAUUGUCCACGUCAAGACUCCAAAUAAAGAUGCUCGAAGAGAUAUCCUUAGCCAAAUUGUCAAGGAUCGUCUCCAACUCGCAGAUGAUAUGCAAGAGGAUCCUACGGCCCCCCUGAACUAUACCUACAUCGCGACGCAAACAGAAGGUUAUUCCGCUACAGACUUGCAAGAUUUAGUAGCCCGUGCUGUACACCAAUCUGCCAUCAAGAUUGCCAUGGACGAGAAACCAGCUCUUCUUACACAGGUGGAUUUCGAUGUUGCUCAAGUGGACUUUGUUCCUCUAUCUCUUCGCGAUGUAAAAACACAAAAGUCGGAUAUUACAUGGUCUGAUGUCGGAGGACUGAAAGAAACAAAACGGGUCCUUAGGGAGACGCUCGAGUGGCCUACGAAGUACGGUCUCAUAUUUGCGCAAUCUCCCCUGCGUUUGCGAUCUGGUCUACUCUUGUACGGCUAUCCUGGAUGCGGCAAGACUUUAUUGGCAUCAGCCGUAGCCAAGGAAUGCGGUCUCAAUUUUAUCAGCGUCAAAGGUCCUGAAGUCCUUAACAAAUAUAUAGGCGCCAGCGAGAAAACCGUCCGGGAUCUGUUUGAACGAGCCAGUGCUGCUAAGCCUUGUGUUCUCUUCUUCGAUGAAUUUGAUUCCAUUGCCCCUAAAAGAGGCCAUGACAGUACCGGUGUAACAGAUCGCGUCGUAAACCAGAUGCUUACACAAAUGGAUGGUGCGGAAGGGCUAGAUGGCGUAUACGUCUUAGCUGCUACAAGUCGACCUGAUCUCAUCGACUCCGCUCUGCUGCGCCCCGGUCGUCUAGACAAAUCGCUUCUAUGCAACAUGCCCAACUUUGAUGAACGAAAGGAUAUAUUGAAGGCUGUCACCCGGAAAGUGGCCUUGGCUCCGACUGUCGACCUUGACGAGAUUGCAGAUUCUACGGAAGGAUUCUCGGGCGCGGACCUUCAAGCGUUGGUUUACAAUGCCAACCUAGAGGUCGUUCAUUCGACUAUAUCUCUGAACAUUGAUGGGGGGAGUUCGUCUCGCGAAGAGGAAACACCCCUUGAGUAUACCACGUUUGGCAGAUCUAAAGACAAGGCGGUAAGUAGUAAGGCUGAAAAGACUGCACUCCAGAAACGCCUGCGACAAAUACAAACGUCGUGUCAAACUAACAAAGGGACAGGAAAGAGUGAAAAGAAUGCUGGUAUUUUGCCCAAAAAGCAACAUGUUAUACACCCGGAGCACUUUGCAGCUGUACUCAAGACUACACGACCUUCUGUACCAAUAGAAGAGCGGGUAAAACUGGAUCGAAUAUAUCGUGAAUUUGCGUCUGAUAGGACCGGCGAACUUCCUGUUCCGCCGGAGGGCUCUGGUGUCGGAAUCCGUGCAUCUCUGGGAUAACGUAUCGUACCUAAUAUAUUAGAUCAGACUCCAUGUUGGAAAUUGUAUAUGCGAUAAGAGAGCAAUAAAGUCAAGUCCUGAGUCCCAGUGAAACCUGC